GGCAUAGGCCAUAGCGGCGCCAUAGCCGGCGAUACCGAUAGGGGACGGCGAUGAUUUUUAAUUUUUUUAAACUGCCCUAUAAGUCUCUUAGUUAGUUAGUAUCUACUGUCUCAGCUGCAUGGCAGUGCAUACUGUGCUGUAGUGUUGUGAUUCUGAUACUGUGUGAUAAUGAUACUCAGGACUCAUUAAGUAGGGAAUAUUACUGGAAUAGUAAGAAUCAAGAAUACUCAGUUAACUGGACUCUAUUAUAGUUAUACUCUAUUACCAGACUCAGACCACUCACACUCAAACACUGACAGUACUUGGGUAAAAUUUUCACAAUGAAGUUAUAGUUAUAGCUUUAAGAGCUAGUUGGUUAGAUAGUGCCUGAAAAAUGCAAUUCAUUGAUACCAAAUUUAUGUUUGUAGGUUGAUUCUAAAGAAAGUUAAGAUUUUUUUCGUGAAUUAUUUUGGGAUAACUCUGUUAAUUGAGACAUAUAGGCAUAGGAAAAUAUUAAAGUGACUAAAAUAAAAACUGGGCAGAGAGUUGAGAGAGAUGUUAAAAAAGAGCAGUAAUUUGAAGUUAUUUAAAUUUAAGGAAUUAAUGAAGAUAACAUUAACAAACCAUAUAUUAUAAUUUAUAUAUCCGUGAUCGUCAUAACAUUAUCCAAGCAGGCGUCAUAUAAUAAAUUUUACGGUACGCAAGAUGAGCACAUUAAUAUUCGAAAUGGCGGUAAAAUUUCAAUAUGUCAUAUUUGAAUAUGAACACAUAUGAACAAUAUUCUCCAUAACGAAGGGUCAUGUAGGCCUAUAUCAAAUUGUUGGUAUUGAAAAGGGGAACAAUAAUAAGUAGCAUAUGGAAGGGUAAACUCAUGUGUCCCUUAAAAUAUUUAAUUUAUUUUAUAUCUCCGAUAUCAAAUGUAGGCAAUCCUCCGAAGUCCGGUCCCAAAUUAUUUCCAAUGAUUAAUCCUUACUUAAAAGUCUUGGGCAUCAUUCUGUUUUGAAACUCAUGUUUGCGUUAGUGGACGAUGUUAGAUGGAGGUUGUUGGCCGUCCAGAUGCGCAUUAUCACUAAUCAUGUGUUACCAGGAACAACUACCGUCACGGACGCUUGGCGAGGAUAUCAAAAUGUCGGUCAGCUCAACAACAGGAUUUAUGCUCACGCUGUCAUUGUGCACGAGCGUAAAUUUGUUGAUCCAGUAGACCAGGAAAUUCACACUAUUGAAGGACUUUGGAUGCAAGCAAAACGUAAACUCCGCUAUCAGAGUGGUAGGCCCGCUAGUCGCGAUCUGUUUGCCAGCUACUUGGGGGCCUUUCAGUGGCGCAACAGUCACCAGCAGAACGUUUUCGGCUGGUAUUAGCAAAUGCUAUGUGCCAAUGACAACAUUUAGUAUUUACUGACUGAUUUGUAAAGUUACAGUUAUUUACAAAAGCUAUGACUGACAUAUCUGCUGUUUUCUAACAAUACACACUGUGCAUUGCAGUUUUUUCAUACUAAAUAAUUUGGGACCGGACUUCGGAGGAUUGCCCAAAUGUACAAUAUUCAGAUUAUAGUACGAGUUUUUCUUGCAUAAGGGUUGUCUUUCAAUUCUAUAUUCUUUUUGCUAAGAGUAGCAUUAGUUUUUCAUUGGAGCCCUACAAUUAAAAAGAAUUGUGCUGCUUCAACGAUUGCCUAAAAAUUGCAAAUAGGAUUAAAAUUAUGUCAUGUCAUUUGAUAGACCUUUAAACUGAAAUAAAAGAAAACAAAAUAUUUUUUGUGUAUGAAGCCAAGCAUUUCAAAAUAUCAAUUCAUCUAAAUACUAAACAAAUCUUACUUUUAAAUCUAUUAUGAAGAUAAAAUAUAUUUUUCCAUGCUAAAAAUGUGUCAGGUGGCUUAGACCAAACGCCUAUUAAUAGGAGUUGAAAAUGUACUAUGUAAAUAAAGAAAUAUAGUUAAAUAUCUAUUUAUAUGACUUCCUAGUUAAUAAUAGUAACCUAAAAUAAUUUAAAAUAGUGCUUUUAACAUUGUUUAUUAAUCAGAUUACUUAAGAUUUAAAAAUAAUUUGCUGAGGUGGAUUCGGCCAUCUUAAAAUGGUAUACAGGGAGGAAAACACCCAUGUGGUGACUAUUUAGAAAAUUUAAUAAAACUGUUGGGGUAGGUUGGGGAAUUUUAAUUUUCCCAUUCUUGUAGAUAUUUAGAUGCUCUAAACAGUGGUUAUCAUGAAAAGCGCGUCUAGUGGAGUUUUUAUGAGAAAUAAAAUAGUAGACUUAGCUUAAUUUUAACUUAAUAUAUUUUUUCAAAGAAAUUCUUGAUUAAAAAUUGGAAGACUCAGUAUUGUUUGGGAUCCAAUUCUCUUUAAAAUGAUAUAUCACACAAACCAUUUAACAAAGAAAUGACAGAAAACCACAUUUUUUCAAACACAUAUGCAAUGUUUACAUUUUGAAGUGGACAAAAAAUUGAAAAGGGGCAGGUAACUCUGCAAGGAAAUGACACUAGCAAAAAACUGAUUUAUCCAAGUACCUGCAAACACCAUUGAUUGCCAUUGAAGAUUGAUGCUUCUAAUUCCUCUAUUUCUAGACCUACUUUAGUAGACAAGUGUUACUAGUAGCUGAGUAGUAGUAGGCUUAGUAGCAUUUAAUUAUUAUUUAUAAUUUAAUAAUACAGAUAAUAUUGUAGAUUUAUUUUAAGGGAAGCGUUAUACGCAGUCGGCUGCGCAUAACCCCGAGAGUUAUUCCCAGCCGACUGCAUAUAACUCUCAGGGUUAUACGCAGUCGGCUGCGCAUAACCACUUCGUUAUUUUAAAAUAGACCUACUUAAAUUUAGCCACCAUCAUUAAGCGGACUUAGUUGUAUUUAAUUAAUUAUUAUUAAUAUAGAAUAUAGAGUUAUUUUAAAUGUACUAUAUAAUUACUAAUACUUACUUAGCCACCAUCAUUUAAAAUAUUUAGCACAAUAAUAACCAUCCAUAAUGUAUAAUUAUGACUGAAAUGUUCUGUUCCUCAGAGCACAUUAGAUUAGAAGCAGCUGACUGUGUAUAACCAUGGCAUAACUCUGAGAUUAGAAUGUCCUCCUUGGCAUAAGCCCUAAAAACCUACUUAAAUUUUAUUCAUGUUUCCUACUUAAUAUAUUAAUUAUUUUUAUUGCUUGAUUAGGCCUCUACUAUUAUAAUAUCCAAAGAAAUUGUGGGCUCAUGGCCACUAUUCUUCUGGCAGCCCCCCCUCUGUAUAUCUGUAGACCUGUGCUGUACAACCCUUUUUACUAUAUGGGACAAAAAAAAUUUUUCUGGGAACCUGAGGGCCACAAAUGACACCCGAAAAGAGAAGUAUUCGUGCUGUUAAUACUUCUUACAUUAUGCAUAAAGAUUCAUAUAUCCAAGAGCAUUAUCGGCUCAUCAAGAAUAUAAAUAAAGCUAAUAAAAACUGUAGCCCUUAUAAUGAUAUGUUUUGCUUUGAAUUUUACUUGCAUUUUUCUUAAUUUGAGGUAGUUAUCAGUAGCACCUGCCCUCUUAAGAUUUUCUAAAUUUUCACUAGUCAGAGCGUUACGUUUUUUUGAUGUUGUUCCUAACAAAGAAUCCAGCAACACUGAUGUAGGUUCUUUCAAAAACAUAUUCACCAUUUUUUUAAAACAUUUCCAUAGUUGUGGAACUUCAUCAUAAUAAACAUGAUGUCAUCCAGAAUUUUUUUGGCCACGUCUUCUUAUGUUUUUUUACAAAAAAUACUUUCAAGAAUUGAUCCUAUUGUCUCUCACAAUUCAAACCUGACUGAAUUGCACUAACUACAAACAAACACAGCGUGUAUCCUACUUUCUACUUAUACUCUGAUCUCUGAUUACCAGAUACUUGUCCCCAACAAUGCAGACUAGAGACGCACUCUCCCAAAUCUCACUAGACUAUCUGUUUAAAUAACAAUGUGCCAUAAAUGGUUUACACUACCCACCAUAGGCAGUAACACUUUAGUAUCCCUGCUCCCAUCUCGAAUUACUCUGACCCAUAGAUUUCCUGGCAGUAGUUAACUCACUGUGCUCACCUAUCUAUUUUAUCUAACUUUGUCCCAUUGGUGGGAGCAUGGACAUUUUCACAAUGACCAAAUAGCUACAUACAAGUUACUUUUGGUUUCUCUAUUCAUCUUCCGAAUGACGUUAGUAAUUAUACCCGAUACCCUGCAACGCCACCCCUGUACAAGCAACAGAAAGGAGAAGAUAGUAUCCGAUUUUGUGUCACUUUGGUUCCCAAAUGGUUGCUCUGCAGAUUUGCUUAACAUUACUGCUAUCUGUCAAGCCAUUUGACUCCUUAGCUUUUGUGACCUCCCUCUUUUCCAUGUUACAACUACAAUUUCUCCUGUGCUCUUAUGCGAUUUCCAAACAAAACUAAAUUAACGUAAAUGGUUUGAAAAUGUUUUCACCUUAAAAUGUUUUAUUUUUCACUCCCAUCAUAAUAAUUUCUCAAGCUGUGGUAGGCCAUUAAAAUCACCUCUGGCCGCGGGUUGGGCGGCACUGCUGUAUACUGUUGGUAUCUGAAAAUCUAGCUGCCAUUUUUUAUAAAGAUAUCUUUUUUUUUUUUUUUUUUCUAAACUUUGCUUUAACUCUAACUUAAAAUGUAUUUCUCAGAUGUUGGCUGUUUUUUAGCUGUGGUAGGCCAUUAAAAUCACCUCUGGCCGCGGGUUGGGCGGCACUGCUGUAUACUGUUGGUAUCUGAAAAUCUAGCUGCCAUUUUUUAUAAAGAUAUCUUUUUUUUUUUUUUUUACUAAACUUUGCUCUAACUCUAACUUAAAAUGUAUUCCUCAGAUGUUGACUGUUUUUGUAGAUCCAGCUGUUGCACCUAUAGACAAACAGAAAGAGUUGAUAACAAAGGCUUGCACAGAGAUUGGUCUGCUUUGUGAAUUUGUUCCACAACGAGUUGAACGGACCAUUUCAUGGGUGCCAUCACUCAAAACACCAGUCAGUGUCAAGAUAUAAUUAAAUGGAUUUCAACAUGCAUUUUGAAUUACAGAUAGUUAAAUGGACAAUUAUAAAAUCCUCAAACGAUGUAGCUCAUUUAAUAGAUUUUAUACCCAUGACUUGUCUUAAUCCAGAGAUCUCAAGCUUCCAAAUUAGAUGCAUGAAUAUAAUUUGAUGUGCCAUUGUUUUAGACACUGAUAUUAGUAUUAAAUUCAUUUUUUAAAAAUUAUUGAUAAUAUAAGAUUCUUUAUUGAUUCAAAUGUUUCUUAUUACAUUGUACAAUUUUUUUUUCAGCACAUAAUUUAGUAUGGUACUUUUUUAAUAUUUUUUCAUCUUUAGGCUUCUGCUUGUGAGGACAUUGGAAAUGAAGUAAUAGCAGUUCUUAGCUCUGAAGAUGCUCUUCAAAUGAUAAAUGCAUAUGUCCAGGUAAAUUUCACUAGCAGCAAGACUAAGAUAUUUUUUUUAAACUGUCUAUUAUUUCUUUUUUCAAAUUGUUUCCCUUUUGAAAAAUAUGCCCCAGCUAGCUGAUUCCAAUCCCAUAAUUAAAAUAAUUUCUUUUAUUAUACUAGCAUAAAAAAGGCAGUGCUGUUGAUGAGCUGACAUUGACAGAAUGGGUUCACUCAGUACAAGCAACUUUACCCAAUCAGAAUUUAACUGUUCUAAUUGUGGGUUUAGAAAAAUAUUUCAGGUACUGUGUGCUUUUUUUUAAAAUGUAAAAUUAUUUUAUUUAUGAUGAAAUGUUAAAAUAUUAGGAGCAUAAUAAAUAUUUAAUGAAUGCAUAAAGUUUUCUCAUGUUAAAGGCAUACAAAUAAGGAUAGCAUCAAAAUGUAGAAUCACAAAUUUAAGACGCAUGUACCUAUAAGUGAGCAAAAUGAAAUAAGGACUUGGAUUAAGGAAGAGAAAGCAGCAGGCAACUGUACAUAUUUUAGCAUAAAAUUAUGCUAGGUGGCAGCACACUCUGUAGAAAUAAAAAAAAAUUACCAGGCUCUGCACCUAUCUUAAAGAACUGAUUUCCAAACAUGUAGCCUUAAACAGCUCUUCAUCACAGUCCCUACCAAGAGUUCCCAGUGUGGAUGGGCACAGAAAGAAGUCAUUCGGAGUGCACUCUUUUGAAGCUAUCUCGCCUAAAUUAUGGAACAGUCUUUGAGGGAAAUUAAAAAUGAUAAAACAAUCAUUUACGAGACAUGUUUCUUUAAAUGGAUUUUAUGACAUCAAAAAGCACUUUGAACAUGGACACAAGCGCUAUACAAGCAAUCAAUCAUCACCAUAAUUAGAUCAUUAGUCACAUACAGAGACUACAAUUGAGACAUGGACCCUCACCAAGAGAGCUGAAAACCAUUGCAAUAUUUGAGAGGGUGAAGUUCUGAGAAGUGUAUGGACCUCUAAAGGAUCAGAAACAUAAACUUUAUGGAGUUCCAGGCGUUAGCAGCAAUUUAAAUUAAAGAGGAAAACUGCACUGGGCUGGAGAACUCCUUAAAACCAUUAACCCCUACAAGGCAUGUGGUCCUGACAACAUCAAACCACGAGUGCUAAAAGAAUUGGCCAAUGAAAUCGCUCCUGCAAUAACAAUCCUCUUCCAAUCGUCGCUACUCACAGGCAACGUUCCAACUGACUGGAGAACAGCGCAUGUCACUCCAAUCUAAAAAAAAGGGGAGCAUUACGACCCUGCCAACUACCGCCCUGUAUCUCUCACUAGCGUAGUAUGUAAACUAUUGGAGCACAUAAUCGUAAGCGCAGUCAUGAAUCAUCUUGAAAGACACAAUAUGCUCAAUGACUGUCAGCAUGGCUUUCGAGAAAACAGAUCAUGUGAGACCCAACUCCUUGAAUUUGCUGAAGAAUUGAUGACCGACUUAGAGAACAACAAGCAAACUGAUGUGCUUGUGCUGGACUUUUCAAAGGCGUUUGACCGUGUCAACCAUAGCUUGCUAUUACACAAACUGCAGAGAUAUGGGAUUCAAGGCACUACCAAAACAUGGAUCUCUAGCUUCCUCAGCGACCGAUGCCAGGCAGUAGUGGUAGAUGGCAAAACCUCCUCCUUUGUCUGUGUUAAGUCAGGGGUCCCCCAGGGCUCAGUGGUAGGCCCUUGUUUGUUCCUAGCAUAAUCAAUGAUCUGCCCGAGAAGCUGACCUCUCAAGCAAGACUGUUCGCAGACAACACAGCGGUAUAUAGAACAAUCGUCAACAGUUCUGACCAGAGCCAGCUCCAACAAGACCUCAGUCGGUUAGCUGAGUGGGAGAUGAGCUGAGACAUGGAAUUUCAUCCCGUCAAGUGCCAGACCCUGUCAGUCUCCAGAAGCAGAUCCCCUCUAAACCACUCUUACGAAUUGCAUGGCCAUAUUCUUGAGCAAGUUUCCUCAGUUAAGUACCGAGGUGUUAUCAUUCAAAGAGAGGUCCUCUGGGACGAGCACACUAACAGUGUGUGCAACUGGGCAAACAAGACCCUGGGGUUCCUAAGGCGCAAUCUGAAGAUCGGCAACUCAAGCGUGAAAGAAAAAGCCUAUAAAGCCUUUGUCCGGCCUCUUUUAGAGUACGCUUCUACAGUCUGGGACCCAUUUACCCAGAAAAGCAUAGACAGGUUGGAGGCGGUCCAGCAACGGGCAGUACACUUUGUCCUGAACCGCUACGGAAACACCUUAAGUGUUGGCAGCAUGCUAGAAACACUGGGCUGGUCAACAUUGGAAGAACGACGACGACUAUCCAGGCUCACCAUGUUGUACAAGAUCAAAAAUGGGCUGGUCCACUGCUCCGGCAUCAAACAGAAACUCGUUCAUCUUCCCCCUAGACAGCGACGAGGCCACGACAGACAGUUCUGGCUGGUAAAAACAAGAACAAAGUACAGGAGCUCCUCAUUCCUGUCGAAGACAAUAGGGGACUGGAACAGCUUCCAAAAGCAACAGUUGAUGCGGCUACACUCGACACAUGUGUCGUCUCAUGCCUCCUGUAUUCCAACCCCCAGUUCUUAACACCACUGCUGAGUAGCCCUUGCAACCAGUGAAGUAUCCCCUUGAAACCUAUGCACAGUAACAUCACGAACCCCUCUGAAACAUAGGAUCCAGAAUGAUCCAUUCAUUGAUUGUGGGCCCUCAAAAUAAAGAAGAAGAAGAUCUUGAGAGCAUGUGAGAUGACAACUGAGAUUGAUAGAUGAUGUGGAAGGAGAUUUGCAACAGCUAUUGGUCCAUUACGAGUGGAUGCAAAAAGUCAUCGGUUGGUACAGCCGAAGGGGGUGUGAUGUAGCAGACCAAAGCCUUCCAUUGGCUGUAGCACCACUGAUGAUGGGGAUGAAAUCCAUUACAUUUAGGACUAAAUAGUUUUUAAAUCUCAACCUAACAUUUUACAAAUCAUACAACAGUUAUUUUUGUUUUACAGAAACAAGAAGCUACUAGCUAAGCAGAAACACAGAGAAGCUGUCACUGGACAAGCUGCCAAGCAGAAAAAAAACACAAAAUCUGUUUUGAUAAUAUCUUUUCAAGAAGCAGAGGAGGUGAGAAUGUAACUUACACUAAUCAUUUUAGAUUUAAAAAUUCAAGAGUUGUUUUUUUUAGCUGAUAAACUAAUUUUGCCUUGGUUCCUUACAGAAAUAAAAAAUUAAUUUAAUAAAAUCUCCUCAUUUACAUAUGUUUACAUAUUCAUUUUAAACAGCGGCUAGUGACAGAAUGGCUGUCAGUGGCUUAGAUAGUUAAUCAGUUAUUGUAAUUUAAAAAAUAAUUAUUUUAAAGCUUAAGAGUUGAAGAUAAUUUAACUAUAAAUUUUACCAUCAUUUUAAUUAUGAGAGCAGAAGAUGUUUAGAAGUACAAAAAAAGUUUGAUCCUGCAUGUUUUAGUUUUCUUGAGUAAAGAAACAUUUUUUAAAGUUUUUGUACAAUUAAUUUCAGGCCUUUGUUGAGCUCCAGCUGUUUACUGGCUGUGUGGUCCAGCAUGUUGAGACAGAUGAAGAUUUGGCCUACCAGAUCAAACUUUAUACUAAAGCUGUCAGAGAUAAAUCAACCAAGUAAAUGAAAAUGAUAUUUCUCUUCUGUAAUUCUGUUAUUAUAUUUUUGAGGCCAUCUCUAUAUUACUUUUCAUACCCUUUCUCCUGUUACACCCCUGCAUUUUCAGCUCCCCCACCCAUGAAAAUAUUAACAUAAGCUCUCCACGAGCUCUUUAUAGUUUUAAGGAUUUUAUUUAAAUGAUUAUACCUAUUUUAAGCAUUAAAAAUUAUAAUAAUUAAUAUUUGUAUCAACAAAUAAGCAACUUCUAGGUUUAUUCCAGCCUCAAUAAAUAGGUCAGGAUUGAAAUUUACAGAAUUCCUGUCUUUGAAAAUUAAUCAAUCAAUAAAAAAUUUAAUUAUUUUAUGGGUUCUGGAAUGUUUUUUUUAAAAGAAAAAUUUCACUAAUUUUAAAAAAAAGUCAUAGAAAACCACACUGGAGAAUUUUCAAGAGACCAUCCAUUCAUUUUUGUCCAGUAUUUUAAUUAAAAUAUAUUUCUUUUUACAACUGCGAUAAGGUUUUAUGACUGUCAUAAAUGCACUUAAACACAAAGUUGCACAUUUUUACAACACCUUUUUCACUGCAGAGAUUUUAAAAGAAUGACUCCACUCUAAUUUAAAUAUUAAUUUCAAGUGGAGAAAAAUAAUUAAUUCUUCAACACUGCCUCAAUAUGAAGUAUAAAAAAAAUCUCCUUUGAACAGAAUUGUCAUCGUUUGUUUGUAAUUUCCAUUUAACCUGUCCACUUAAAAUUCAAAAAAUAAUUCUAUAAUUAAAUCUUUUUUUUAAAUUUAUUUAAGGAAAGACCGAUUUGACAAUGUCUUCUCCUUCCUAGAAGAGGGGGUAAGUGGUAUUUCAGUUAACAAACAAGGCCAAGGACUCAUCAAAGUAUGGAAACACCAACUAAUGCAGUUCAAAAAUUUAAGCUCAGAAAUGGCAGAAGCUGUACUCUGCAGUUAUCCUUCUCCAUAUUUGUUACAUCAGGUUGGUAAUUUUAUAAAUAUUUUUGGGCAAGUGUUUUUCAGUUUUAAUUAUAUUUUUAAGACUAAACUUGAUUUCUUAUAAAUCACUGAGUCACUGUUUUUGGCUUAAAUGAUUCUAACUCAAGGGUUCUAUCAUGUUGUCAAUAGACCCUUUGUAAAAAAAAUUUAUUCUAAGAAGGGGUACAUGGCCUUCAAAUGACUGGCAAAGGGGUUCAUAGCAAAAAAAAUUUUUUUAGACACCCUGGUCUAAAUUAAUAAGUCAAAAUGUUUCAGAUUGGUUUAUUUUAUUUUUUUAAAGUUUUAUAACAGUUACAGCAACAUUGUGGCACUAAAUCUUAAUUGUAUAUUUAUAUGUAUUAUAAGGAUAUUUAAAAUAAAUUACCAAAAAUUAUUGUGAUUUUUAUUCCUAUAUUACAAUAUUGUUUAUGUACACAAACAAAUUGUUGCAUCUAUGAGUAUUGUAUUGCUCAUAAAAUCUGAAAAUUGUAUGCAAAUUUCGUUGUUCCUCAACAGAUGUGCAAUAAUAAUGAGACAGGUCAAAAUGCUGAACAAUUGCUUGCAGAUAUCAAUGUAGGUGUACCUUGUUUUGUUGAAAUUGACAUUAUCACUUGAACUUGAAUCAGAAACCUUUAAACAAAAUUUCAGCAAUUAACUGAUACUAAAUAAUCACCCUUUUCAACAAUAUAGCCAUCAUGUAUCUUUUUGCUAACAUAAUAUGCAUUUCCAGAGAACAUAAUUUAUCUGUAAAUUGACUCAUAACAGUGUAUUCAAAUAAAGUAAUAUUCGUGACUUUUUUUUGGUCUUAUCAUUUUUACAAAACGUCUAGAGUCUUGUUAAGUUUUUCAUUAAUAUCAACUAAAAAUGUCCUCCUAAAAUUUCUAAAUUUUUCUUCAUCAGGUAAGAAGAAGUGCCAGUGUCAUAUCCACCAACCGCAAGAUUGGGAAAGAACAAGCAAGAAGAAUUUACACUUUUAUGACUGCCCAAGAUCCUAAUAAAGUUAUUAAAUAAUUUUAAUUUGGUUCUUUUACUUAUUAGUUUGAAAUAAACAACAAUGCUUUAACUCUUUUAAAUGUCUUGCAAUUCUUUUUUAUUAAAGGAGAAAAGCCAAUAAUGAU